AUUGUUCGGACAGACACUGACAUUCCUACGUUAUUUUGAGCCUUUCAGGUUAUGUCUGUCAAAAUAUAACAAAAACAAAUAUUAAAAUAAAUUAUUAUAUUAAAUAUAACAUAAAAUGAGUACAACUUGCAAGUAUUGUAAUGAGCCUGAGAAUAAACAAGAUCGUCCCGGACUAAUUUGCGACACCUGUAUAUGUUUUGUGCACUUAAGUUGUUUACGAAGACAAGGUACUCCUGGCGACUUUGUUUGCGAUGUAUUCUUUGAUUUUACUUGUGCAGAUUGCUCUACGGAUUCUGAAGAACAGUUUUACCGUAACAGAUUCACUUGGGUAAAUGUUCUUUUGUUGACAUUGAAUCAUCUCAGCAUACAGAUGCAAGGCAUCAGUAACAAUGGCUUCUUUCAUUAUAAGACACAUAUUUGUUCAUUCGUUGAUAGAUAUUGGGUACAACUUUUUGGAGAUCAAUUUAAACAAAAGAAGAACUGGGUUGGUACGAUAGCUGGAGUACUCUCAGUAUACAGCAAUUUAUUCUUCCGUUCGGGGUCGAUUGCCCUAGGGGAGUCAGGAUGGUGGCAGUUGCAGCACUAUUUCUCCCCUGCUGUAGCGGCACACAUAUUACAAGAGCUGGCCCGUGAUAGACCAAAAGGAGGUAGAACGCGCAAUCAUAUGGCAUUGGACAAAACAAUAUUCAUUGCUAAAGUGACAGAGAUGGGUUACCAAGAUUAUCUUAACUAUAAACCCGAUCGUCCAAUGCUGAAAACAGAUGAAGGGCCACCGAAGAAACGUCGCUUGGACACAGACGAGCUCAGUGGAGUGUCAACUUCCUCUUUCAGUGAGCCGUUUGACUCCGACAUGAGGAAGGAUUAUCUUGACGAUGCAAUGGAGAGAGAAAAUCAGAGCAUGACCUUCGUGACCGCAAAAGACAAUUUCACGGAUGUCGAAAGCAUCUUCAGAGGUUUUCAGUUCGCCCCCAACGGUCAGGUAGCGCGUAGCGACACAUCAAGUUUACACUCAAACAAACCCUCGCUACACUACGACUCGGACUCGCACAGCUCACACAACCACACAGAGUUCCAAUCUGACGACGAAAAAUUCCGCGAAGCUAAGAAAAGUGAAACGAAAACGAAAAAAGUCGAAGAAAAACCAGUUUUCAGGGCGUACUCCCUGUUUUCUUCGCUACCUAAUUCCACAGACAUGCCGUGGAUAGAGAAAGAACCGGAGGACAAAAACAAAGAUUUAGUUAGGAUGACGGAAUACGAAGAGAUCCAACUGCUGAAGACGGUGGAAAACCUCAUACCCAAAGUGAAGGACGCGAAUAAAAAGGCCGACCUGUACAGGCUGAAGGCGAAAUUGGCGUUGCGAAGGUUGAAACGACAUCACCAUUUGCCGAUGUUUGAUUUGGAUAAGACUGUGAAGCUGUUAGGUGGCUACGUAACAGAGGACCCGAGGGUGGUAAUGAACGCUGAACGUGUUCUCGACAGGUUCCAGAGAUCCUAUCUAAUAGAUAACCUCUGCGGAACGAUAUCCAGCACUAACUACGGCACCCUCCUGCUGUCGCACAUCGAACCGACGGUCUUCCGCUCCCCGUACUCUGGGACCAUUCUAAAACCAUACAUUCGGAGGGACGCGACUACAAUGCCGACGUGGUUGCAGCUCAGAGACGAACUCUUAAGGAGAACUCACAGACACAUUAAAGACUACGAGCCUCCCCCGCGCCCCACCAUCGACUACUCGUAUGUGCGUCCGCAGCACAUAGCCGCGGUCAACAGUCUGUGUGCGCAGUUCUUCUGGCCCGGCAUCGACUUGACGGAGGCGCUGCAGUACCCGGAGUUCAGCUGCGUGGUGUCGUACGGUCGGCUGGUGGUGGGCUGCGCCUUCCUGGUGCCGGACGCCGGCGGGCAGGCCUACGUCUCCUUCGUGUUGACGAGGCCGGAGUGGAGGCGCAAGGGACUUGCGACCUUCAUGCUCUACCAUCUGCUACAGACCUGCACAGAUAAGGAUGUAACUCUACAUGUGUCACCCACCAAUCCAGCAAUCUUUUUGUAUCAAAAGUUCGGUUUCAAAGUUGAGGAGCUGAUACAAGACUUUUACGAGAAAUACUACGACAUCGAUUAUAAAGGCUGUCGGCAUGCGCUCUUCUUGAGAUUAGUUCGGUGAAAUAAAGUGUUUUUUGUUUUA